AAUUAUUAUUAAAUAAAAAAAUUAAGACAGAAGUUAAAAGGUAUGAAUAUCUUACGACAAUAUGCUGUGCUCACCUCAGGAGCACAACCUUGGAACAAUAAUAUUUGUGCUGCUAAUGGCUUGUAUUUUGCUUAUUGUGCAACUUUGGCAAUUUAUAUAUAUAGACUGGAUGAAUCUACACAUAAGUAUGUGUUGCACUCAAUAAUGUGCGAACACAAGAAAACAAUUACUGCAAUUACCUUCAAAAAGAAUGCUGUAAACAUUUUAGCUAGCACUUGUUUGAAUAAAGUAGUUAUUGUAUGGGAUAUUUGUCGUCAAUGUGUUAUCUCAAAGUUAGAAAAUUUGAAUAAUGAAAUAUUAUCACUCGAGUGGUGUCCUUUUUAUAAUAAUACACUUGCGUUUGUUCUUGAAAAAAAAGUUCUUAACCUAUGGGAUUAUUCUUCUAUAGUUAAUAAUGUAACAAUUUAUGACACUCCCAAAUUUUCUCAUAGCAUUUCAACUUUCAAGUGGAAUGGUUUAAAUUCAAAUAAAUUAUGUUUUGGACAUGUUAAUGGCAGUCUUUCUUUCUUAUGCUCAGGAAAAAAGUCUGCUAAGCAUGUUCUUCCUACUGUUAAUUUUGAGACCUCUUAUGAAAGCGACCCUGUUAUUGAUAUGGACUGGGAUCCUUUGUCAACUGAAUAUAUCUUAGUUUCCACCAAACAAUCUGGUAUAAGGUUAAUUGACUCUGAUUCUCAUACAAUAAUUAUGAAAUACAAACUUCCAAGCUCCAUAACAAUUCGAAAGUUUUGUUGGAUCCCACUAUGUCCUGGAAUGUUUAUAAGUUGUGAUUCUGGCUCCGGAGUUUUGCGAAUAUGGACAGUAUCAAAAGAUACACAAAUUAAAAGCAUUAAGAUAAAGGAAAAUGGAUUUAAUUCAAUGUGUGUUAUAGAUACUUGUUUUCAGCAAAAAACAAAAUUAUCUAAUGAUAAAAUUUCAAACUCUAGUAGUUCGGAGGAAGGUUUUCAAAUUCCUCCUGCUCAAGUUGUUUCUGUAUUUGUUGACGGAGGAGUUGGUGUGUAUAAUAUAAAGAGAAACUGUUGGGACUUUUUUAGAGAUUUAGGGCAUGUUGAAACAAUAUUUGAUUGCCAAUUUCAUCCAGAAGAUCCUGAUGUUAUAGCUACAUCAUCAUUUGAUGGUUCUAUCAAAAUUUGGAAUAUUAAUCAAAUGAAAGCUAUUCAUGUACUUCCUGGAAAUUAUGGAAUCAUAUACAACCUAUCUUGGGGAACAGGUGAUCUCAACUUUAUAUGUGCAGCAACUGCAAAACAUGGACUGAUAUUGUGGGAUAUUAAGAGAAACAUAGUUGCAAAAGUAUUUGAUGAACAUAAAGAUGGAGCUGUGUUUUCAUGUUCUUGGAAUAAACAGGAUUCAAGAUUUAUUGCCAGUUGUGGGGCUGAUAAAAACUGUAUAGUUCGUAUGGUUGAUGGGUCAUCAGUUAAGAUAUACGAGCAUCCUCAACAAGUGUUUGGAUGUGAUUGGUGUCCUAAAAACAGAGAUUUGCUUGCUACAGCUUGUGAAGAUGGCUUAGUUAGAAUCUUUUACAUUCCUACAGACAGUGUUCUGAAAGUAUUCCAUGGUCAUACUGCAAAAGUUUUUAAUGUAAAGUGGAGUCCUAUAAAAGAUGGAGUUCUUUGUAGUGGAUCUGAUGACAAAACUAUUCGAGUUUGGGAUUACUCUUUGGGAGAAUGUAUUCAGUGUUUAGAAGGUCAUUCGGGUCCUGUUCGUGGUUUGCUUUGGAAUCCAGAGAUUUCAAAUAUGAUUAUUUCUGGAAGCUGGGAUUUUUCUAUUAAAGUUUGGGAUGUCAGGACGGGAUAUUGUAUUUAUACUACUUCCGAUCAUGCUGCUGAUGUCUACGGUUUAGCAUGUCAUCCACAGCAACCAUUUAUAAUUGCUUCUACCUCACGUGACUCUACAUUGCGUUUAUGGCAUCUUCAAAGCACUGCCCAACCUAUUUAUGCUAUUUUUUUGGCUGAUCAUGAAGUGGAUAGUGUACUUUCUUGUCACGCAGAGAAAAGUAAACAUCCACAUAGCAUUGAAAUAUUGUCUGGAAACAUUAUGAAAUUAAUUAAAUCAAGUAAAUCGAAAACAUUUGCACAGAAAUUGCAGUUAUAUGCUCAUUGCUUUUUGCCUCCAAUCAAUUUGAGAAACUUUUGGCUGCUUAUUUCUGUAAUAAAAGAUGGAAGAAAAGCAGUUCUACCAAGUACCUACAAUGAGGGAAUCAUGCACGCAUUACAUUUAGUCAAAUACAAAGCUGCUGAAGCACAAGAGUUAGAGAUGGCUAAAUCUAACUUCAGCAAAGGAAUUGCUUCAAAGAAAAAGAAAGAAAUGUUGUUAAAAGCUGCAAACAUAUAUAUAUCUAUUGGACAGCUUGAAAAAUAUUGCGAGAUUAUGGUUGAACUAAAUCAAUGGGAAAGAGCAUUAUCAGUUGCUCCUGGUGUGUCAAUUGAAUACUGGCAGUUCCUUAUGCAACGAUAUAACGAGGUACUUUUUACAAGAGAAGAUGAAGAUUUAAAAGUAUUCAGCAUGGCCUCAAACGAUAUUGUCAAGCUGUGCAGUUUUUAUCGAGAGGUUACAAAGCAGUAUCAAGAUGCUUUGUUAGCUGUCCAAGUAGAACUAGAAUCUGAACGACUACCAUAUCAUAACAAAGUUCAAAAUUCAUUCCAAGACAAUGAUCUUCCUAAAAAUAAUGAUAUUUUUUUUCAGAGAAAUGAAAUGAAAAUUUUGCAGGCUACAAUAUCUCAUGAGCUAUCAAGUUUAUACAUGAAUAAUGGUGAUCCAAUUGGAGCGGCUUCAUCUUAUUUGUCUGUCAAUAAUGUAGAUUCAGCUUGUGUAAGCCUUUUACAAGGAAAUGAGUUAGAGCUGGCAUUUUCUUUAGCAAAAGUUCUUCCUGUUAGUAAAAUAAUAUAUCAAGAGGUUCUUAUAACUUUAUCAAGGCGAUGUGAAAAGCAUAAUCUUUGGGAUUUAUCUAUAAAAUGGUUAAAAGAAAUUGGAAAUGAUGAGCUGUUCAAGGCAUGUGCACGUUUUCCUGGGAACAAUACACAGAGAAAUGAACUUCUCCUGAAGGCAGGGUUACCAAACCUUCAAGAGUGUCAAUCAGUAUAUGAGAGUAAAGCAGAUAAAGAUCUUUUGGAUAUUUUUCCAUACAUGAUUGUUGCUGAAACAAAACAUGAAUCCAUUCAAAAUGUUUUGUUACAACUGAAAGCCUGUAUGAAUACAAGCACCUGGAACUUAGAUAAAGUUUUACCAUAUAUGCAAGUAAUUUGGAAUAUAAGAACUGAUAUUGUUCUUGUCAUGGAUACCAAGUUGCGUGAUCAGAUCCUUGGUGUUUCUGCAUACAUUGGAGCAUUACAAGCAAUUCAACGAAGCUUUCAAACUAUUGUUUUUUUUUUAUUUCAACAUGCAAGUAAAUUGCUUCAAAAUGAUGAAGAAAAUAACAAUGCUUUGCUAAAAAUUAUUGGUGAAGAUUGUGAAUCACUAGGCUUGAAUAAAAUAAAUCCAAAUGAAUUAAGAGAAAAUAAUUUGCAACUACAAACAAUAACACAAAAGAAAAUUUAUUCAAAAUUGUCAAAUAAAUUUGAUAAAGUUUUGAGUGGUGAAUACAAAGUUGUUGGAGAACAACUUCCAUCUCACAAUACAACAUUUGUUAAUAUGUUUACAAAUGAACGAAUCAAAGGUCCUCUAUUUGUAUUGGAGGAUGGUGUCUCAAUGUUACCACUAAGUACAGCUUUGAUGUGGGCUGUUGUGAAUCCCUACUCGCCACUUGCUACUGGUCACAAAAUAAAUCCCUUUUAAAUUUAGUGUUUGUGUGAGUGAGGAAGUGUGUGUAUGUGUUUCUAUAUCUAUAUGUAACAUAUAUCUAUAUGUGAUAUGUAUCUAAGUGUGAUAU